GAAGACUAUGAUUGCGAAUAGACAACAAACAAGGUGGUGCCAUCGAUCGCUGGUCACUUUCCUUCUCCUGGCUGUGGGACUUUGCCAAGGAUCGGAACUAUAUUUUCCCCAGCCCGAAGGACGCGUGGUGGGUGGUACAGCGGCGGCGGCGAAUAGUGCUCCUUAUAUAGUGUCUAUGCAAUACGGUGGAACCCAUUAUUGUGCUGCCAGCAUCCUGAAUACCAACUGGUUGGUAACUGCUGCUCACUGUCUGGCCAAUAGAAACCAGGUUCUGGGAAGUACCCUCGUUGCGGGAAGCAUUGCGGUGGCCGGGACAGCGAGCACCACCCAAAAGCGGCAAAUCACCCACUUUGUGAUCAAUGAUCUUUACACUGGAGGAACAGUACCCUAUGACAUCGGACUGAUCUACACGCCCACCGCCUUCGUUUGGACCGCUGCAGUGGCACCUGUCAAGCUACCCUCCUCCGGAGUGAGGCCCACUGGCUCUGCUGACCUCUUCGGUUGGGGCAGCACCAGCAAAACUAACAGCCCCUCGUAUCCCAAGACCCUUCAGGAGGUGAAGAACAUUCCCAUCAUAAGCCUUGACUCUUGUGCGACGGCAUUGGGCACCAAGGGCCAGGAUGUCCACACCACGAAUUUGUGCACGGGUCCUCUCACCGGCGGCACCAGCUUUUGCACCUCGGAUUCGGGAGGUCCUCUGGUUCAGGGAAAUGUCCUCAUCGGCAUAGUGUCCUGGGGAAAGCUGCCAUGCGGUCAGCCCAACUCGCCUUCUGUUUAUGUGCAGGUCUCCUCGUUCACUUCCUGGAUAGCUGCGAACCAGAAGAUAUGAAUUAUUCUGAAAUGUAUCUUCAAUAAAACACUGUUUAAUAAAAAGCAAAGGCACGUACAUUACGAAAAGAAGACUUUGAGAAAUCGAAUAAGUAAAG